GUAUUUAUCAAAAUAUUUAUAUAGUAUUUUUUAAAUAUCUGUGUGUCAUCAGUACUCGGAUAGCUCGUACAGUGGCUCGGUUACAGUUGAUUUUGGAUACUUGUGUCUUCAUUUAUUGUCAAUUGGAAUAAUGGAGAAAAAAAAAUUCACUAGUAGCAUUUUGUAUUUUUAAGUGUAUAAGUUUAGAGAGGGGAGGCUUUGGAACGUAACUAUCAGUCUCAGGAAGUAACUGGAGCACCCGGUGGGCAUGAAGGAAACCGUACACAUUACAGUUUUCUCCAUUCAUUAUUAAAUUCUGUCUCUUUGAGAAUUAUUCUAAGGUCAGAAGAUAUUACUCUUCCGAAUGAUCAACACAUUUUCAUUUCAAAGUGCUUGUGCUUGCAUAUAUCAGAGGUCAUGUUACCAUCUGACUUCACUUGAUCAAUUCUGCCUCUUACAAACAUCUCUAGUUAUUUCUUUCUUUAUUAAGUGGCUUUGUCUUGGUGUGUGCGACCUUGAAUUAUGGAAAUUCCAAAUAUGUUUCCGCAGACAUUUCGUGGCAUAAUGAUGUUUUCUGUUGUUUCUGCAGCAAGUGGAAACAGUGAGUCUUGAUUAAGCUGCCGAGAUAAUCCGUCAUCUGUCAUCAAGUCUCACUUGGAUCGAAGACAAACCAGCAGCACCACACACUGGCACACAAACUGCCACAGACUAGCAGAGCCGCAUUGUACGAGCUGGAUGGUGCAUCUUUACCUUUCUGACUCCAAAACGUCACGAUGCACACACUUGAGUGUGUGUGUAUGAGCGAGUGUGUAUGAGCGAGUGUGUCACUCAUAACAAACAUGAUUCUGACAGCAGGUCAAGUCCAUCAUGUUGCAGGGAGGACCAGCACCUCCUGCAGGCCACGUUAAUAAUAUUCAUUAGGCCGACAAAACAAUGUUGAUCAAAGCGUCUGUUGUGAACCAAUAAGUCGUGCACUUUAAGCAGCUGCUGCACGCACGCACACGCACAUUCCACCACACAGAUAUGAAUAGGUUGUCCAAAUAGAGUUAGUAGGCCACCCUGAUCGACAACAGAAAGAGUGUGUGUGUGUGUGUGUGUGUGUGUGUGUGUGUGUUGGGGGGGAGGACCACCCACACUGCAGAUUAAAGCCCGUUCACACGACUGUCUUCUCCCUCGCUCCUUCAUUCACUCUCUUCCUUUGUCUCUGAUAUUUUAAUCUAGUGUGUGUGUGGGUAUGUGUGGGUGUGUGUGGGUGUCGUUCACACUUGGUCUCCAAAACAACAGUGAUUAUAUAACGAUCAGAAGUGCUUUUCCAACAUACCAUGAUGUGUGGUGUCAUGUAGCCGGCUGGAGCUGCCAGUGUCCUCUGGUCACUUGGUGCUCUUGUGGGCCACUUAUGCUCAAGCGCAGUGUUUGUGAUGUUGAAAAACGACUGUCUGGGCCACUGUAGUGUGGCUGCCGCCCCCGUGACCCCGUCUCUGAUAAGCAGAGUGAUAGAUGGAACUGUCCAUUAAUGCAAAAUAAUACGUUUCAAAUCACAGAACACUAAUGUCAGGGUCCAUAUUCACACCAUUCAGCACCGUCCCUUGUCAUUUCUCCCAGAUAUUUUCAAUUCUAUGCACACCAUGUUACCAGUCCCAUGUCUGUCCCGAGUUAUCGUCUCAAAAUGUCGACAUGUCUGCUAUAGAACCCAGUCACACACGUACAGUGUGUCACGUCAGUGUUGCUAAUGUCCCCUCAUGGAUCCUGCUUAUGUGGCAGCAGCCUGCUCUGUUUGCUUUAGAUGCUUGUUUGUGUUUACCAUGAGCUGCGUUGAAGAAACAGACAUGCAAACACCCUCUAAAUCUUGUGUAUAGAAAUGGUUAAAAUGUUUCAUUUCAACGUUUGUUGUCUUUUUGCUGUGGCAAAUUCAGAUGUUAUACAUAUGGGCUGCAGAAAUCGACACCUGUACUAUAUGAGUGUUCAGUCUCCUCUGUCAUCGCUGUAUCUGAAGAGAUGCUGGUUAUUAUUAUGUUAGUCUGAGCCAAACUAAACUACACACCCCACUCACGCAAACAGCGAAGAAACCACAUGAUUCAGGAAUCAAUACAGGUUACUGUUGACGUGAGAGUCAGUCUCGUCCGCUGCGGUGACCCCUGAACCUGAGGUCACGUGAGGGGCAACCAAUGUCAGUAGUUUCUAGUCUCAUCAUUCAUAAAAACUCAGUUUUGAUGUGGCUCAGAAAGAUUGUUUGGACGCAUGAGGGAUGAGGACAGUGUAGGACCAAGAACGUUGGAGAUGAAGAAAGAGGGAGACAACUAGUGAGCUUCAUGAUGGAUGAGGACAGGAUGAGGAUAGUUGCUACCAGAGGAUGGUCACCAUAGGUCAGGGUGGAGGAGGCUGAAGAAGAACUUCACUGUGCAGUGUUAACUGCCUGAAACAUUGACCUUUUCUCAUUUGUGUCAGUUGUCACUCACAAACCUGAUGGAAGAUCCACGAACAUCUCAACGUGCAGGAUUAAGAGCUGAGCCAGAGUUCAAAGCUCUCCAGAUCCUAGGCCACAAUCAGAAGCAGAGAUCAGUGUGAUACCCAAGAAUUUUAUGACAAUGGAAUUAGCUCGCAUAACAUGUAUUAAAAUUUCUAUCAAAGUUGAUAGAAAUGAAUUAAAAGUAGCUUGUGGAGGCACAGUCGGCCACAUUCUUACUUAUCCACCAUCUGUGCAAAGGAUGGUGCCGAAACCUUAACAGAAUCAGACUCUGACCUUGGAGAUGGAUUCAAAAUGAGUCACAUUGACCAUGUCAAUUCAGCAGAAUGGGACUGCAGUGGAUCAUGCGAUGUACGUCGCAGGAUCUUGGAGUUUGAGUCGAAUGCUGUCCUUCAUUGUCAUCCAGGUGAAGUGCCACCUGUGUUUUUAGGGGAAUCUCAACUGUUGCUAUAACGCUAUAACUUGAGUGACGCUCCAGAAAACUGGCCUCCGUAUUUACUGUGUGUGUGUGUGUGUUCUUUAAGUUGCUGCUCUUGGCUGCUUAAUGUUGGUAUCUAAAUUCAUGCGAGUGGCGAUGGCAGCGGCGCGGCGGGGCGGAUCAGAGCCGGAUUGUGUUGGAUUUGAGUUGAAGCUCAUUUAAUCAGGCCGACGCCGUCAUUAAUAUUCAUGGAGUCAGCUGGAACACGCCGCACACCAAACUUUCUGCUCUCCGUGCUGCACAAAAUGUAUUAAAUACAGCUUAAAAAAUUAAUGGACUUGAGUUGAUAUUACAUGAGCGGGGGGGUCCGCACCUCCCCUCCUCCCUCAUUGGUUGACUUAGAUUGGGCCCCUGAUUGGCCUUUGCUUUUUCCCUUUUUUCUGCAGAUUUUCCAUCUUUGACGAGACUUCAAAGCGAGCGCAAAGCAUGAACGGUCAUUUAGGAGGAUUUAGGCACAUUAUCACAUCUGUAAUUGUACAUGAAUAAUGAGAAGCUCUGAGUCCACAAGAAGAUCAGAGACACAAAAGUUUCAGUAUUUCAAAGAAACGGGAUUGUCCGACAGCUCCGCCGAAACCGGAGGCAGAACCCGACAGGACUAGAAUCCAAAUGAGCUCCAGAACAAACCUCCAGACCAGAACCAACCCUCAAGUGAAUGAGGAGCUCCGACGCCGUCUCCCCUCACCUGCCAGGCAAACGCUUCUCGACUUGAGCAGGUCCAGUCCGGACCUGAGGAAUAGUUCACUCGCUUCUCAGCAGCAUCUUGUAUCUCCUGCCUCUCACAGGAGGUCUGCCUCACCCCUGCCCCGCUCUCAGUCCAUCUCCCCUCUGCCUCCUCUUUCUCAGAGAAGGUCUGUCUCGCCUGUCUCACCCCUCUCCCUGAGGAGGUCCACCUCGCCUGUCUCACCGCUCUCCCUGAGGAGGUCUGCCUCUCCUGUCUCCCCACCUGCCUACAGACGGGCCGUGUCUCCUGUCUCUCCUCUGUCCCACAAAGCUUCCAUCUCCCCCGUCUCACCGCUGCCUCGCAGGUUAUUAACUCAGCUGAACUUUGCUUCGACUGGCAAGCCAGGAGACAUGGACUCACCUGGGACACAGAGACACACUCAUUCUCCUAAUGCUGCUCAAGCUGGAGGCCAACAGGUCCUCACCGAAAAUAGCCUUACACAGGCGCCAGAUAAGGACCUACCUCUCUUACUGAAGGAGCUGGACGCACUCAGAGACAUCAACAAGAGACUCCACGAUCAACUGGUCCACAAGGAGGAGGAACUGCAGAGGAGGGAGGUGGAGGAGGAGCUAAGGGAGGCCAGAGAGUGGGAGGCACCUGGAGGUGAGAAACCAGGGCUGCUCCAGGAGGUGCUGUCCUCUCAGAAGAAGAGAGACCAGGCUAUGAUGUCACGACUCCUGAGAGCCAACCAGGAGCGAGACGAGGCUUUGCUUCGGGUUCAACGGCUGCAGCAGGCUGCCAAGGUGGCUCCCGGCUCUCUAGGAGACCCUCACAUGGAAGUGGAGGAGCUGCUGCAGCGGGUCUGUGAAGCCGAGACUGCAGAGGACGUUCAACAGUUUGGUGCAGUUUUGCUUCAAAACCUGCAGUUGGCACGGCAACGGCGGCGGGAAAUCACCGCGCAGGAAAUGAAGGCUGUGAUGGAGGAGAGAGACGGGUCUGUUAUGAAGUGCAAGCGACUAGAACAAGAGCGGAUGCAAGAGAAGGAGAGCAUGUUGAGCAAGGACGAGCUGCUGAGGCUUCAGGAAGAACGGGAUGCAGCUCUGGACCAGAGGAGGCAGCUGGAGGUGGAGCUGCAGUCGCUGCGGGAAGGUCAAAGCAGUGCGACCGCUUCCCACCCGACCACUGUCCAGCUGCAGCAACUGUCCACAGAGAAGCAGUCGCUGGAGGCGGAGGUUCAGCGCUGCCAGGAGGCGGAGCAAGAGGCAGCGGAAAGAGUGCGCAGGUUGGAGCGUCUGGUGGAAGUGUUGAGGAAGAAAGUGGGGACAGGAAGUCUGCGCGCCGUCAUCUGAGCGGCCGCCAUCUUCUGCUCUUCGUCUGGGUCACUGCUUCCUGUUGGCAGCACAGCUCACUGGUGGGAUGGCUGCGGGUGUGUGGGACUUGACUUCAUGGUGACGCCCUCCAGUCUUGGUUCUAAUGACGACGACUGGUUCGCCACUGGAGCCGGCGACCUCUGGCCCAGGCUGCGACCCUGGUGGACCCAGCGUUGGAGCGUUGUGUUUUUGGUGAAGGAGAACUUCCUGGGCGGAGUCUGGCUGCCGCCGCUGCUGCUGCCUGUAGUUGAGCAUCCGUCUGCCGUGUUGCUUCAGGGUGAGGGUUCUUCAGCUCUGCUGAGGAGCUUCAGCCAGUGCUGUGUGCCUCCAGACCUCAGUGUAGCUGGACUCGUCGCUGCCGCUCACCUGAUGCUCGUCUUCGUUCUGGCACACGCAGCCGCUCCAUGGCCUGGAGGUGGAUGCAAACACUCCAGUCCCCUCCCCCUGGCCCUGUCGCCACGGUAACGCUGGACCACUUGUGGUCAACUUGGGUGUCCUGCUUUUAAUCCUGCGGCUGUUAAUCUCCUUGUUCCUGAAGAAAGACUCAGUUUGUUGGAUCUGCCACUUCUGCUGCCACCUGGGCCUGGCUGGGGGCUCGUGCACGUGGGGCGCUGCUCUCUGACUGGCCGUGUUCCAGUGACCUCCUCAGGUGGAGGGACAGGUGAGCCCACCUACUGACCAAUCAGAGUCCAGCUUGCUCAUGGCUGCAGGUCCCUGACUGAGGAGCAGGGAACUCUGGGAGCUGUAGUCUGCGGUGUCACACCUGUCCCUCGCCCCCCCCACCUCACCCUUCCUCCUCCUCCUCCCUCCAUCUUUGUGUGGCUGCUCUUUUCGUCUGCGGCUUCAUCUUAUGAGGAUAAUGAAUUCAAUCCCCAUCAAAGGGCCCGAGUGCCGGGGGCCCCGUCCUCGUCUCGCUGCGGGACAAAGAGUGAAGGAGGGAAGAAAGGGACCCGGCUCAGCCGCUUUGUGCUCCACAUUUUGCUCCAUAAGGUUGGAGGCUCAGAAAAGAGGCCGGAGGUCCGGGGAGCGCUGGAGGUCCAGGGCCUCCGGCCGGCCAGCAGCAUAUGGUGUGUGUUAGAGCGGCCUGGGUGGCAGACGUGAGCCGCGCCGCAGCCCUCGCCGCUUUCAUCCUGCGCCGCGUCCCUUUCUUUGACGUCUUCAUCUGGGCUCCUUCGUCGUCGUCGUCGUCAUUAUCAUCUUGGGCUUUGUCCUUCGUUUAAUCUCCUUCCUCAUCGUCAUUGCUUCACUGCUGUCCACAUGAUGAGGAGAAUCACCCGAUAAACCACGUGUUCAUCAUGACCAAGUGUCAAUAUGACGCUUUUACUAUUUUUAUUGCCCUUUCCGAUGAUCAGCUUCACUAAAUGGAUUUUGUUUUCCUUUUUAAAACAAAUCCAUAAAUCACACUUUUUCAUUCCUUCAGAGUCAAUGUUCUCACUGGAAUAUAUCUGUGUGUGCGCGCGCGUGAGAGAGGGUGUGUGCGCGCGCGUGUGUUCAACACCGACACCUCCGUUAGUUAUUUAUGAUCCCUCAACUUAGAAUUAAUAAAAUGCUGACGAUAACAACGUCGUGUCGUGUUUUUCAAUAUGCCGUUUAAAGAAGUUUCACAAAUGUUACUUGUAAUUUCCCCGUCCCGGUGGAAACACUCGCGAGAUCCUUAACUCUUUCCACAUGACGUCACUCCGAACUUCACUGAGUCCUUUCUUUCAUAUUUAUUUGCCUGAAGUGUUUGGUGUGAACGUUACAUGUGGUUUAAAUGUUGUGUCGGAACAUGUGACGAACAGUCGGACUUUCUGCUCUUGUCACAAAUAAAUACACUAUUUAAAAAAAAAAAUUCCUCAAUUACAUUUGGAAGCGGGUUUUAAUAAAUGACGUUUAAUAAAUGCGGUCGUUCAAUAAAAGCAGGGAUUUUGGGGAGUGAUCCGCGUAAUGGCAGAUAAUUACCGGAACUGCCGACUGGGUUUAAUAACGAGUUGGAACUAAUGGAUUUCCUGUGCAGUGCGUCAGCUAAGGCCGAUUUUACGGUGGUGUUUCUGGUUCGGGCCGCCGCCGCGGCGGAGGAUCAUUGGCGACAAUUCGCAGCUCAGUGACCCAACUGGACUCGGGAUCAGAGCGAGUGUGUCGGACGUGUUCCGGUUCAGCGAGUGGCCCACCAAGAGACUCCGGAUCAGCGGCGGCGCUUUGAGGCGCUGCAGGCCGCGCGGGACCCGAACCUCGGCGGAACCGUCGGAACCCCACACUUAAAAAUGUUUUCGAUAAUAUUAUUCAGUCUGUAAAUAAGAAGUCUAUUAUUCCUCACCAGGCCAUCGCCAUUAUUAUUAUUAUUCACGGGGAAAACUGAAAGGUCGUAUUUGCUGAAUUGUUGCGGCGAUUUUGCUCCGUGAUCCGCAGCUGACGGCUUCACGUGCAGUUCAUUAUGAGUUCACUUUAUUUGGAAAAUAAAUACGCUUUAAAAUUAAUUGUUUAAAACAGCGGUAUUUUUCUAGAAAUCGAAGAUCGAUCGAAGGUCUGUGUUGCAUAACGACAAAUGCAGUGGUGAAUUUCUCGGCAUAAUUGAAGACGAACACGCGCGUGAGACCGUUUCCACUGAGGCCGUGCGUGUUUUUGUGCGUGAGUGGUGAAGCUCGAGCACGUGAAGUCCGUCAGCUUGUCAUCAGCAGGAUAGUCAGACCAGCAGCAGCGAACCUUUCCGCACUCUUUUAUUUGAAAACAGAAUAAACAGAAUAAAUUAAAACAUGCAGGAAACAAACACAGCAGAGACGCUUCCGGUCGGCCGCAGUCAUGCAGACGGGAGGGACGGUCGUCACGUGAUUCCGCUCCGACAUGCAGAGGCCUCGCACACGCGCUCGCACACAGACACGCGCACCGGCUUCCGAGGAUGAUGAUGAUGAUGAUGAUGAUGAUGAGGAUGAUGAUGAUGAUGAUGAUGAUGAUGAUGAUGAUGGCGGCGGCCGCCGCCGCCGACGACCAUCCCUUAUUACUUGAUUUAUUAGGGUCGCGCGUGCGCUCGUCGUGCUCAAAAGUUCGGAGUAAAAACGCGGCAGAAACUCUUGACUUCUUGUCUCUGCAUUGAGACCUUUGACGAGGGGGGUUGGAGGUCGUGACCCGAGGUCGGCAAUAAAGCGGCGAGGUCGUGGGAGAACGCGCCAUAUUUGGAGUCACAGUCCAGGUGAAGGUCGUGCGCGAGUGAAAGCCUCGGUUCGUCUACUGUUCCCGCCACCGACACCGCGGUCGCUUCCGUCUGAUCUAGUGAUGGCGCUUCUGCGCGACCCGGCUCUCUUGACCUCAGCGCGUUCACGUGUUCAUCGUCGCGAUUUGUUUAUCGUUUGUCAAAUGUAGUUGGGAAGCUCCUGCCGGCGUGAGGGUUUGUACCUGCUGUGACCUCUGCGCGACCUUUGACCCGGCGUGCUGCGUGUGAAUGAGUGAAUGCAGUCCAUGCAGGCAGCAGGCUCCGGCAGCUAGGAGGGGUUGAGCAGCGGCCUGGGGUAGACCCCUUGGUAGUAGGAGGUCUCCAGGUGCUCCAUGGUCCGGGCCCCCAGCGCCGGGGCCCCGGCCGCGCCGUAGGAGGAGUACUGCAGCGCCUCGUAGGCCUUCAGCUCCAGCUUGUGCUGCUGCUCCGAGGAGGACAUCAGGUUGUUGAUGGAGAAGGGGUGGUUGAAGGAGUAGUGGGGGUCCUUCAGCUGCAGCUGGGCCUCCUGGGACAUGGGGUGCGCGGGCAGCACCAGGGAGGACAGCAGGUGGGAGCCGGCCACCUUGAGCUCCAGGCCCGAGGGCGAGUCCGGCCGCGGCUUGGCCGAGUCCCCGGGGGGAGAGGAGCCGCCCGCCUCCUUGCGGCCCUCCAGCUUCCCGCCGCACAGCUUCUUCUCGCACUUGAACCUCUUCUGGCGCCGCAGGUAGCAGCCGUUCUCGAACAUGUUGCCCGAGUCCGGGUGCAGGGUCCAGUAGGAGCCCUUGCCCGGCUUGUCUGGCGAGCGGGAGACCUUGACGAAGCAGUCGUUGAAGGAGAGCGAGUGGCGGAUGGAGUUCUGCCAGCGCUGCUGGUUCUGCCGGUAGUAAGGGAAGAGGUCCAUGAUCCACUGGUAGAUCUCGCUCAGCGUCAGCAUCUUGCUGGGCGCCUGCUGGAUGGCCAUGGUGAUGAGCGAGAUGUAGGAGUACGGCGGCUUGGCGUGAGGGUAGCUCCGCCGGAAGCCCUUGCUGUCCCGGCCGCGGCUCAGCCCGCCGCCACCGCCGCCGCCGCCGUAGCAGCCCAUGUUGGGACUGAUGGUGGGGCUCAUGCUGCAGUAGGGGUUCAGGCCCACGGAGCUCUGCUGUGAGGACAUGCCGGACGGGCUGAGGGCCCCGCCCAUGGGGCCCGACAUGGUCACCGGGGCCGAGCCGCCCAUCCCGGCCACCGGGGCGGGGCUCAGGCCGCUGCCGCCGUAGGACAUGUUGAAGGAGCCGGAGGAGGCGGCGGCGGCGCCGCCGGGCAGGUAGCCGGACAUGGAGCCCAUCCCCAGGCCGGAGCCCAUCCCUGCUCCUGUCAUGGGCGAGUAGACCUGCAAGAGAGCCCAUCACAAACAUACAUCACAAACCUGUGCACAGUCAAGAUCAAGCUCUCACGUCCCUGACGCUGGCAGGCUGACCUCUGACCUCACUCGACUCACGCUGACCGUCACACGGGAGAUUUGUGGCUCCAGUUCAUAUAAGAUUUUCAUUGAAAUAAAUGACUCUCAAAUCAUAUUUAAUCUGUUCAAUAAUUCUAUUGGAU